AUGGAAACUUCUUGUAAUCAAUCAACGUUGGAAAUGCUUCCAGAUGAGAUGCUAUUAGAAAUUUGUAAAUAUUUAUUAUGUACUGAUAUUCUUCUAUCUUUUACUGGUCUUAACAAUCGAAUAACACAAAUGAUCAGUGAAUAUCAUUAUCAUAUAUCAUUACAUAAAACAUCUAUUUCAAAAUGUGAUUAUUUAUGUGUAAAUAUUCUUCCACAAAUUGGUUUUCAAAUUCGAUCAUUACUUAUUGAUUGUUGUUAUUCUAUUUUGCAAGAUGAUUUAUUUAUUAAAUAUUUUGAUAAGAAAAUGUCAAUAAUAUUUCCUAAACUAGAACGAAUAAGUCUUGUUUCCUAUCAAUAUAAUCAAUUAAUUACUUUUCUUAAUACUCUAUAUGAUUUAAAUUAUCUUGUUGAAAUUCGUUUAUAUAGUCUUUUUCCAAUUAAUAAAAUCAAUCAAAUAACAGUCGUUCGAUCAUUAAUUCAAGCAAAUAAUCAUCGAAUUACAACAAUAUUAAUCGAUGAUCAAUCAAGUUCUUUACAUUUUCAUCAAGAUGAUUAUUAUUUGAAUAUUAUUCGAUUACGUAUCAAAUUAAGAACAAUUGUAAAUUUAUCAUGUCUCUUUCAUGCUAUUCCAAAUAUUCAAUAUUUAGAUAUAAUACUUGAUGAAAAUGAUAGUUUAUCGGAAUAUUUUGAUCAAUUGAUUUUAUCUCCUCUUUUUUAUCUUAUUCAUUUUCAACUUAUAUCUACUAAGCAGUCAUGGACACUCGAAAAAUUACGUCUAUUAUUUGAUCAAUUACCAAUAGUAAGGUAUCUAUCACUUUUUCUUUCUACAGAUGAUAGACGUCUUAUCGAAAGUGACACAAUUCUUUCUUACCUUCCUUCGACUGUUCAACAAUUUGACUAUGCUAUUUAUUUUUAUCAUAAUAUAUCUUUUGAUGAAAUUAAUGAGAUUAUUACUUCUUGGCCAACAUCUCAUCCAAUUACAUGCUUCCACAAAGAUACACUCUUAUUUAUUCAUACGUUACCUUGGCGUUUUACUCGUAUUUCAUUUCCAACUUUUAUCAAUAAAAUGAUGUCAUGCAAAACAAAUAAUAUAACUGGUUAUGAGAGUAGUGUUGAACAAUUGGACGUUACGAUCGAUAAAAGUUUUACUUUAAUCAAGUCUUUAGGAAUGAUAUUACAAUGUCGUCAAGUAAGAGAUAUUACUAUUUACGUGAGAGAUACUGGUGAUACCGUUAAAGAAGAACAAUGUCCAAUAUCUCAUAUUCCUAAAUUAUCUCGACUUAUUCAAAUUGCGUUUCAUGGAUCAAUAUCCUCUGAUCUAAAUCAUUUUUCAUUUCUUCUCAAUGUUGCACCUAAUAUUUUUCGCUUGGAUUUACCUUUUGAUUAUUUAUGGCAAUUGAUUGAAAAUGAACAAACACGUUAUCUUCUUAGUCAACGUAUUACUUCACUUUCUAUCCUCGAAAAUGUAACAAAACCAUCAUUAGUAACACUCAAUGAAGAACAUAUACCUAUCAUUGCUUCUACAUUCUUUCGAUUGUGUGAUUUGUAUGUCAAUCUAACACAUUUAUCACCUAGCACAACAGUAGUCUCAAACGACAAUACUAUUCUUCACAAAUUUACAAUACAAAGCUUAUCCAUUCCGUCAAAUCAACAGACACACGAAGUUGUAUCACCAUAUUCAAGUGAAUCAAUGAUUGUAUGUUUGUUGACAGAAUUCAAAGAACAUAAACUAGUUGGUCUAUGCAUCACUGGACAAUUCUUUGAAAAGAUAAAUACAAAUGCAAAACAAUGGUUACAACAUAAUACCGUUCUUUGUGAACAACAAUUUGAAGCUAUUUUUAACAAGAUGUUACAUCGAUUACUCAUUUGGAUGUGA